AUGGCCAGUUCCGAGGACAUGAGUCCCGAGAUUAAUGAGUCUUCAGUGACAAAAAAUCUUGACACGAUCUUAAUAAACAAAAACCAAAUGGAGUCGACUAUGAAAUCUCAAAAAAGGCGAAACAGGCCAUCCUUUGUUUGUAUCAACUGCAAGAAAAAAAAGAUCAAGUGUGAUAAGAGAUUACCAUGUUCCAAUUGCUUGAAGUCACACCUGGCAGAAUCAUGCCAUUACCGUCAUUCCCCUGCCAAACACCUUCCUUUGAAAAAUAAUGUAGGCCGUGGCACGUCCUUUGAAGGACAAGCCGCGCUCCAGAGCGGAGCUUUAACCCAGCAAUUGCCUUUGUUUUCAAGUUAUUCGAGCAAUCGUUCAUCCAAUGGCUCAUCAGACUUCGAGGUUCUUAGAGAACCCAGAAGCCUAACGACUAGCCAAAGAGAGGGGCCCUCUUUGCAGAUUGAUGUUGAAGAGCUGAAGACUAAAGUGGAUUUCCUUGAGGAAGCCUUACGUAACAAGAAUGAGCAAAUGCGCCCCGACAAUCUAGCUCUGGACAACGAAACUGACGGAUCGAGUUCUGUUUUUUCAAUGAAGUCAAGAAAAUUGAAGCUAAACUGCAUUUAUGCGAAGAAAUCUCGAUUUCUUGUUUUUGGAUUUGCUUCCUUCAGAACUUCCAUCGCCCACCAGAAAGAAUUGACCUUUUUUCUACAUCAAUUUGUCGACAGGUUAACCCAGGAGAGAAAACAUUGGAAGAAUAGCCGCAAAAUACCAUCGAAGUCUACAAUAUUUGGUUUGAAGGGAGACGAAGAGAGAUUUGCUCAGGAAAUUGAGGCUAAGGUACUGUGUCAUUAUACCGCUAUGCUUGAUUUGAUUGAUUACUUCGACCAGCAUCUAAACAAUUUUUUGAUGAACCAGCUAAUUGACAUUAUUCAAGUAAAGUCCCAUUUUCACACAAUGUUUGUUCGUGAUGAGCAUGGCAAAGUGCAUUACGUGAAACCGGAAAAACCUUAUCAGUACUCCAAUUUAGCCAUGAUCUUCGCAAUAGUUAAAAUUUCAGUAAUUUUCAUCGACUACAAGGAAUUAAGUGAACAGAAAGAUAAGCCCAUAUUCGAUCUUAAAGAGUCCUUCACUAUAUUGGAUGAGUGUUGUCAAGCUGCCCUAAAUCUUUCGCGGUUCGACAAGAAGCAAACUAUCAACGUCAUACUGGCACUGCUUUUACGGAGAAUAUCUCUUCUAUAUAGUGCAGUCGAUGGCGAUGGUGGCGAUGGUGCAAACUUGCUCCCUGUUAUUCACACCGCAGUGUCUACUGCUUUACAGAUGGGAUUGCACAGGUCUUUGGAUUCCAUCAACGCAAUAACCGGAAAAGCAUCAUCUGCCACUGGAUUUUCACAAUCACCGAACAUAUGGUGCAAAAUUUGGGCGCAAUUGAAGUUUCUUGAUGCUUUUGGCUCAUUGUCUGUUGGAACUCCGCUUUUAGUGAAUGACGACUUUGCUGAUAAUAGGGAUGCACAGGAUGAGCACCAAAACUAUUUCAUGCCGGAGAGGGACAAGAUUACUCGUGAUCUUACUGAGUUGUAUCGAGAAGCUUCUUUGGUCUUCAAUUCGAACCGACCCGCAUCUCUGAAUGAUAUGGUACUAACGAUAACGAAAAUAAUUGAAUUUGGCAAAUCAAUUGGCUCCUUUUUAGACUUGAUCAUGGUUCCAACCGAGGAUUCGGACAUUGUGGCCUGGAAAGUGAAUACCAAAUUUUAUAUCUUGGAGCUCGUGCAAGGUCUAUGCACAAAUCUGAGACUGGUUAUAUCAAAUCAAAAACUGCUCAAGCAGGAGCUGCAAGGACGGGAUCUACACUAUAAUGAAAUCAAAUUGUUGGAAUUGUUGAAUCAAAGAUUACUCACCAUCUCACUUAAGUGUGCGCUUUUGUCGUCUGUUCUCAUGAACAAGAUAUUACGAGGUGAAUCGGAAAUUUCAAAACCCAAAUACGUGGUUUACUUCAAGCCUCAAAUGACCGCCCUCCUGCUGCGUACUUCGUUGACCUUUGCCGCCUCGAUUUUCAGCAAUAGCACCCAGUCUGACCAGAACAUUGACGCGUCUGAUCUGAUUAGAUUUGACAGCAUUGACUAUAAUGCUCUUGAGUUGAGCCUGACAGAUACAAUGCACGAAGAUUCAUUGAUCAACGAUAUCAUGGCAAAAUUUAAACAUCCAAAACAGCUUGUGAAAUGUCUUUGUGAAUUCUAUCAAAGCGUUUCGGACCUUGACGAGCUCAGUACAGAUUAUGGUUUCUUCUGCUGCUUCAAGCUCACUUUGAUGCUUUGUUUCGUCAUUGACUCGACUAACAAAUUGUAUAUUGAACAGGAAAAAAGCAAAAAGUCACAGGAGAAUUUUAAAGUCAACAUAACAAGUAUCGCAAAGAAGACCAGAGAGAUGAUUGAUACCAAUCUGACUUUGGGAGCCACCGAAAGAAACUUACCAUUCUUUCAAAGUCAAGAAAGUCUCGACACAUAUAUUAACAACUUAUUCAGCUCAGACGUCAACCUGAAUUGGUCCCGGGUUGAUGCAGGCCAGGAACUUUACGGAUUGCCCUGGAAUGGAAUUACUGAUGAUGAUGCUCAGAAAACCGCUACUAAUACGGGAGACCCAAUUGGAAACAUCUACGGUCAAAAUGUAGACGAUGUUGAGCUCAGUAAUAGAUCAUACCAGGUAUUCUUUUGA